AUGGCUCUGGAGCGGCCCCAGGAGGAGCUCGGCGGGAAACUUCUGAACGAACUCCCAGACCUCUCUCCGCUGCUGCAACCUGGCAUCCGCGAGCUCCGGAAGAGAGCGGAAGCAGAGCAAAGCCAGAACUGGCCGCUGCCCCUCACUGAUGCGUUCCUGCUUAGGUUUCUGCGCGCCAGAGAUUUCGACCUGGACUUGGCCUGGAAGUUAAUGAAAAACUAUCAUAAAUGGAGAGAGGAAUGUCCAGAAAUAACUGCAGAUCUCCGCCCUGGAACUAUCCUUGGCCUUUUGAACUCUGGUUACCAUGCGGUUCUGAAAUCCAGAGACCCAACUGGAAGCAGGGUUCUUAUUUAUAGAAUUGCACAAUGGGACCCACAGCUUUUUACAGCUUAUGAUGUCUUUCGCGUAAGUCUUAUCACAUCAGAGCUCAUUGUUAAGGAAGUAGACACACAACGAAAUGGAGUCAAAGCUAUCUUUGAUCUGGAAGGAUGGCAAUUUUCUCAUGCCUUUCAAAUCAGUCCAUCUGUUGCCAAGAAGAUUGCUGCUGUGCUAAUAGACUCCUUUCCCUUAAAAGUUCGUGGUAUCCAUUUGAUAAAUGAGCCUAUAAUCUUCCAUACUGUCUUUUCUCUGAUUAAACCGUUUCUGACUGAAAAAAUUAAGCAGCGGAUUCAUAUGCAUGGCUGUGAUUAUAAACAAAGCUUAUCCAAGUAUUUUCCAGACAUUCUGCCUCUGGAGUAUGGUGGGGAGACGUGUUUGAUGAUGGACCUUUGCCAAGAGUGGAGAGAUUUUAUAAUGAAGUCUGAAGAUUAUCUCCUUAGUAUCUCUCAGGAUAUCCAGUAACACUUUACCAUAAGAGACACUAUAAAAUAGGUUGUACUCAUUCAAAUCCUGGAGAAAUUAUUCUCCAUGGUAUCUACAUGGAAUAAUGGCCUUGCACUACUACUACCAAAAGCAAUCUUCUAAAAUGUGAACUUCAGAAUGUGAAAAGUACUUUGUUGUUGUAGGAAUUGUUUAUACUGAUUUUUUUCACUAAUUUUUAGAAAAUUGGGUCAUCACUACACCUUAGAAAGUAUUAAGGGAAAUUGUUGCAUCUUUAUCUUGAAUAGGGUGUGUUAAAGUUAGGCAUGACCAGGUGAGCUCCAUUGUAGGUAAAUCGCAUGCUUUGGCAUAGAUUCCAAAGCAAUCCUCCUGUCCUUACCUAAAUAGUAUGAAGUCAGUUCCCAAUUCAGUAGAUCCUGUGGAGUGACUCAUCAAAAGGGAGAGAGAAAAAAAAAACUCAUUUAUGGUAAACGUAGUCCAAGUAGUUUGAUUAUGAUAGAAACAAGCAAGUUUGGAAUCUAUUUGUGACUAUGAAGUUACUUCCUCAGGCUAAUGAGAUAAAGAGGGAAAAGAAAGAAUUUGUCUCAGGGAAAUGGCAUUUUAGCUGCUUUACUCAAUGAAAUACCUUUGCUGAAACAUGACAGAGUUAGGUACUAGCGAUCUAUGUGAAAGUACUCACAGAGCUCAGGCAAAAAAAAAAAAAGUAGAAAAUAUUUCAUGUAUUGCUAAUAGUGUUCCAAUCCUGGCUUGUGUGUGUGUGUGUAUGUGUGUGUGUGUGUGUGUGUGUGUGUGUGUGUGUGUGUGUGUGUGUGUGUGUGUGUGUGUGUGUGUGUGUGUGUGUGUGUUUUCCAUAGCUAUGUACUGUUUUUUAGUACUAUCAGGCUUUUAAUUUUUACUACUGGAUGAAAUAAUACUUUUAGUUACUACAUAGGUAUAGGAAUUUGGAAAUAGUAUCCAUUUGUCUUAUAUAAACUAGUUUUAAGACAAGCACCGUACUAAUUGGAUAAUAGAAGGCUAAAAUUGAAGAAUAAGAGAAAUGUUCAUAAUAUGUCAUAUAGUUGGAAGCAAUUUGACUUAGUAGAGAAAAAAACAACAACAACAUUGGAUUUAGAAUCAGAAGACUUGGCUCUAAAUCUGAACUUUUAGUUACUAGCUAAGUAACUCCUGGAAAUUUUCUGGUCCUGCUUCCUCAUUUGUAAAAUUAUCAGGUAGGAUUGGAAUUCUAAAACCCCUUUUUAGCUUACUGUGAAUCCCAUGAUUUUAGGAAUGUCAAUUGUCAAUCUAGAUUUUUUUAAUAGUAGUAGCUGUGCUAUUAAAUUAAGAGGCCCUAGAAAUGUUAUUCAGUCUGCUAAAAAUUAAUGCAAGUCUAUUAGGGCCCCUCUAUCCACAGGGUAUAUUUUCCCAGACCUACUACAAAUGGCUGAAGCCACAAAUAUAAGCAAACACCUAUUGACCCUCAUAUAUAUGUUCUCUCUCUCUCUGGUCCUGUCCCUCAACUUGGUAUUCUGUGGUCUCCUAACUGAUCCCCCCCCCAAAAAAAAAACUCUUAAAAAAAAGUGAAAGCAGAAGCAAAAGAGACCUCGUGCUACCACAGGUGGACUUUUGGGCUUUGGGUUCACUGUGAUCACUGAAACCACACAUAGGGGCCCAACUGUAAUUAAGAUACACUGUCCACACUUUUCUUAGUGCAAACACAUUAAAAGAAGAAAAUAACUCAGUCCUUAUAUUUAAUAUAUUAAUAUUUGUUUAAUAUUGAUUUCAAAUUAUGAUUCAAGGUUCUUCAUUUGCUAUUUUGCCAUUUUUUAAAUUUGUUUCUUGAAUUUUAAAAAAGAAAAAGGUUUUGGAGCUGCCUUUUCAUACAAGUGAGUACUGGCUGUAAUGGGAUCCUUGUUGAAUGGUUAUAGAAAGGGGUUUUCCCCCCUAGUAUAAGAAAAAAAUACUCUUACUAGGUGACCCUGGUAUUGUUGAUGCCAUGUAAUGAGUUAUGUCUGUGAUCUGUUUACAUUAUUCCUAUUCUUUUCAAGUACACAAAUCUCUUUUUAACCUUCAAGAAAUAAGUAUCAUGAUAUUAAUUAAGAAUGCUGCUAUGAAUUAGGUCAAUGAGAUAGUAUCAAUCACCAUGGGAAAUUCCCCAUGUGGGGACUCCCUCCACCAAUAUAUUUCACAAUUUGUGUUCAUUAAUCACAAUAGUGUCUACACAUAUAUUUAUAUUUUUCUAAAAUAUUUAUAAAGAUUUAUUCAGUCUGUACAAGGCUUCUUGAAUUUACAGAUUCAUAUGUGGAUUCACAGACCCCUUGCAAAAUCAGUGGCUCAGUGCCUCAGAGACUGGGAACCACUGUUCUAUAGGAAUGUCAUGAACCCCUUUUUUAAAGUACAUUUAACCUUGGUUUAAUGGUAGGAAAUUGACCUCAAUUAUCCCAUUUCUCCUUCCAUUUCUAGGAGGGAAAUUACAUCAGAAAAUUGUCUUUCUAGUAAAAACAUUGCUUUCUUAUAGUCACUUGAUGGAUGUUUGUAAUGAAUGAAUGUUGUUUAUUUCUGUAUGGCUGUAACAUUUACUCUAGGUCUUUGGUGGUGUGCUUACAUGAUUCUUCAGUGGGUAUUUCUUCAGAUUAAAGCACAUCUAUCUGAAAGCUUUCUUUAUGACAGGAAAUUAAUUCUAAAAUUGUUUGUAUAAAAUAUGAACAUACACUGAAGAAACAUCAUAAAGAAUGCUUUGAAAUGAACAGAGAAUUUUUAUGAUGUGUAGUUAUUGCUGUUUUUGUUCAGUCAUUUUGGUUGUGUCUGACUGACUCUUCAUGACACCAUUUGUAGUUUUCUUGCCAAAGAUACCAAAGUGGUUUGCCAUUUCCUUCUCCAACUCAUUUCAAAGAUGAGAAAACAAAGGCAAACACAAUUAAGUGACUUUCCCAGGGUCACACAGCUAGUUAAAUGUCUGAGGCUAGAUUUGAACUUGGAUCUUCCUGAUUCCAAACCUGGCAUCUAUCUAAUGCACUACCAACCUACCCUAAGGUUGGGUAGGCAGGCUGCAGUAGAAAUAGUGUCUGUGUAUUUGUUAUUUUCCUGUGAUUAUACCAAAAGUGCCUUUAAAAGAAAAUUAAGUGUUGAAUCUGAUAGAUUGAAUUGUACAAAAGUCAAUUUUUUAUUUGUGUUAAUGAUACUGUUCAUAGAGUAAUAAAUACAUUUCAUAUAAA